CUUCCACUAUUCCUGACAGCUAACCAAUCACAGUAGGCUUAACAUGCUCUGUUGGCUUUACAUUUACGGGGCUGCUUCAGGAAUGUAAACUAUUCAACACAGGCAGACAUGGACUUAACAGUUGAUAAACUGGAACAAAUGUUCCAGAGUGCGGAGGUGACCUUAGACUGCAUCUUCAGGCGCAUGAGAUGGGAGAUGCAGCAGGAGUCAGAGGAGGACGGCGCUUUCCCGCUGGACCCCCUGCUGCCCUUCGAGGAGUUAGAGUAUUUCCAGAAGCGUCUGACGGCGCUGCUCACGGAGACCCGAGAGAUCCGGGCGCAGAAGCAGCGGACGAUGGCGUCCAUCGAGGAGAAGCUGAGCAGGACCGCUCAACUGGCCAGAGAGCUCCAGAGCAAGGCGGCAGUGACCGGUGUCGCCGCCCUGCUGCCCACACCUGAGGAGGACGUGGGAGUUGCCCCAGCUACUGCCGGUCCUUCAUGCAGACCAGAGGCUGGACUUGCCCCCGCUCAGAACCAGAAGCAGACCUCUGCCCAGUCUAGGACCCGCCCUGCUGACACUGGAGCCCAGGCCAAAGGAGGAGGAGCGCCCCCUAGAGCACGGGGCAGAAGAGCAUCGAGCCCUCCCCGCCAAACUGCACGUGGUCCUCUGCGGGUGCGCAGGCCGCCCCUAUGAAUGUCUCUCAGCCCCCCCCUAUCCUUCAGCCCCCGCAGCAGCAUUCCCUCCAGCCUCCCUGCCCUACUCACACUGCCAUCUGGUGGCCAAAGUGGGGAAAAUCCCCUCCAGCAUUCCUGCCUUAUACACACUGCCUUCUGGUGGCCAAAGUGGGGAAAAUCCCCUCCAGCAUUCCUGCCUUUUACACUGCCAUCUGGUGGCCAAAGUGGGGAAAAUCCCCUCCAGCAUUCCUGCCUUAUACACACUGCCAUCUGGUGGCCAAAGUGAGUAAUGCGUGCUGGUGAGUGCAUCUCGCUAUGGUGCCCCUGUACGAGUGGACAAAAUGUCUGGGGUCUCAUUGCUGGAAUCACGGGACAAUUUGGGCUUCAUGUGUCAAACAACGGGCUUGAGUAAAGACCUGGGUUGGAGAACUUUGGGCAGGGAAAAUGGCUUAUUUUGUUAUAUAUUUUUUCAUAGUAAAUAAAAUUCUAAUAAAACUC